AUAUUGUCUCGAUACGGUAUCUAUGAUUGAACUUGUGAUUACUUUCGACAAGUGAUAAAUACCAGAACAACAGUACUCGUGCCACCAUUUCACCAACACACUAUUUAAAGCAAUGGGGCCUCAAACUUCACUAUCCAUCCUCCUCUUAUCAACAAUCGCCAUCAGUGGUACCUUCGCCCAGCACCAAGUAACCCAUCUUAUGGUACAAAACCUCGCCCAAGAAGACAUCAUCACCACCAUCGUCACCGACGUAGACGAAUUCGACUGGAGCGGCAACAGUGGUCCUCAGCACAACUUCGAAGACAUUCAGAUUCCUGCAGGAACGUACCACCAGCAACAGGAAGAUGUGUAUUCUUUGGCCACGAACUGUCCUUUCAGCAUGAUCUUGAUAUUUUCGGAUGAUACAAGAGACACAUACAGAAUCAACAUGAAAUAUGCCCUCGAUGACUCUCAAGCAGCUUUUCAACACCUGGAGGGAACACGGGAUGUGACAUAUAGUAGAGUUGGAGAUAAUGUGUUGUUGAUUGAUGUCAGAGAUAAUGGAACCUAUUGUGUUUAAAAAUUAAAAUUUUUAAUAAAACGUAUCUUAAGUUCCAAAA